AUGGGUGACAAAAGUGUACCGGACUGUCAACUAAUCUUGACAACAAUUAUUGAUUCUCAGCGUCUGAAAUCUAACCAUUUAGCGCAGAUUCAACAUAAAAUGGAGGGCCAGAAUAACACCUUGCACAUUAACUUAUUUCAUCUGAGCAGCUUUGACGGCAAUGAAGUAAGUACCCGGAAUCCCGGGAUGACAAUCAAGUACAAGCAUUACCAUCUAUGUAUUCGUUUGCAAAAGCACUUAACGUCAGCGAAUACAUUUGCUCAGCAAAUGAACGUCGUUGACAAUGGCAACAAAGCAACUGGUAGAGUCCUAUGGCGCAUUGCAGUUUAG